AUGGCCGACUUCAAGGAACCACGUCAGGACUCGGUCUCCCGGUCCUCAGUGCACAAUGCGACGGACUUUCAGGCCAUCGAUCCCCAUAGCGGGGUUAAGCGAGGCCUCAAGACCCGCCAUCUGAGUAUGAUGGCUUUGGCCGGCAUCAUUGGACCGGGCCUAUUGAUUGGAUCUGGGGGUGCUCUGGCAAAUGGUGGCCCAGCAGCCCUAUUGAUCGGGUUCGGUGUCAUCGGCAUCAUCGCCUUCAGCAUCAUGCAGUCACUCGGAGAGAUUACUACCCUCUAUCCCAGUGGCGGCGCUUUCACCAGCCUCGCUGAUCGCUUCGUGGAUCCUGCGUUCGGCUGUGCUGUUGGUUGGAACUACUUCAUCAUAUGGAUCGCGGUGCUCAGCAAUGAGUACAACGUUUUGUCUUCGAUCUUCGUUUUCUGGAGCGACAAAGUUCCCCUUUACGGCUAUUUUUUGAUCUUCUGGACCGCAUUUCUAGGCUUUCAGCUUCUGGGCGUCACGACAUUUGGUGAAGCGGAAUUUUGGCUCGCUCUGAUCAAGCUUCUCGGACUCACGGCAUACUUUUUGUUCUCCAUCAUUUACGUAUCCGGCGGCCUGGUCGGCCAAGAUGGAGCCUUCGGAUUCCGAUAUUGGAAUGAUCCAGGAGCUUUUGCCAAUGGCUUCCGUGGAGUGGCCUCGGUUUUCGUCUUCUGCUCAACCUUCUAUGCAGGAGUGGAAUCAGUCGCAGUAGCAGCCACGGAGACAAAGAAUCCCAAGGUUGCAGUUCCGCUGGCCAUCAGACAGGUCUUCUGGCGUAUCAUCUUCGUUUACAUUGGUAGUGCAAUUGCAUUCGGCAUGACAUGCCCCUGGAAUGCUGAGGCUCUGAUCAAUGGGAAAAGCCGAGCGCUUAAGAGCCCAAUGACAAUUGCAAUUCAGAAUGCUGGCUGGGAAAGUGGUGUCCAUUUGAUAAACACCUUCAUAUUCAUCACUUGUCUGUCUGCGGUCAACAGCUCCAUCUACAUCGGUUCUCGAACGGUUCUCUUCAUGGCGCAAGAAAGGAAGGCUCCCAAGUUCCUUGGCUACACCGAUUCCCGAGGGGUUCCUGUCUACGCCAUAAUCUUUACGAACUUGUUCGGAGCGCUAUCCAUGAUGAACAUUUCUACAGGUGCCGGCAAAGCGUACGGAUAUAUUGUGAAUUUGUCUGGAGUCAGCACGUUUCUGGUUUGGGGUGCCAUCUCUUUCAUCCACAUUCGUUUCCGCUCCGCCUGGAAAGCACAGAAUCGUAGCCAACGUCAACUCCCCUUCAAGUCGCUGUGGUACCCCUGGAACGCUUACUUUGGUCUGAGUGCCAAUGUUUUCCUUGCUUUGGUUCAAGGUUGGACAACCCUCAGCCCUUUUGACGCGGGCAAUUUCGUCGACGCAUACAUCCUUAUACCUUUGUUCCCCAUCAUCUAUUUCGGCUACAAGUUCGUCUUCAAGACAACGUAUCGCCGAGUACACGACAUAGAUCUAGACUAUGGAAGACGUCAAGAUGUUGAUGGUGGAGAUAUGGAGGAUGAUAGUGGCGAGGAAUACCAGACCACGGCCAAGCAGCCUUGGUGGAGGAGACUCCUGAAGAACUUUUGA